AUGAGACCCCCGGGGGUGCGCGAGUGCGGCUGCCACUGCCCGGGAGACGCGGCCCGGGACCCCCCAACGCCGCCGCCGGCGCGCGGGCCCGAGAGCCCCGCGCCCUGGAGACCUUGGAUGCUGACGCCCCAAGAUGCUGAGGCGGGCAGCGCCGGCAGGCAGCUCGAGCCUGGGGGUGACCAACAGACUUGGGGAUCUCCAGGGGCCUUUGGGUUUCAGCAUCCUGUAAGGCUGUAUCUGCCCAUCUCAAGGCGGCAAGAAUAUCUGCAGAGUUUGGGGGAAAAAGUGCUGGCCAGCUUCCCGGUGCAAGCCACCAUUCACUUCUACAACGACGAGUCUGACGAGGAGGAGGAGGAGGAGGAGGAGGAGAAAGAAACCAGGAGGACCGAGCUCCAGUAUCAGGGGCCCCCAAGGCUGGAGGGGAUGGGCCCCCUCCUCCAUGGAGCCCCCGAGGGCUCCUCCUCAGGAUGA